GACAGGAAACUGUUGCGCUCGAAGAAAUCAGUUGGCUAUACAAAGUUCAUUUACAGCUUGAAUAGGCAGACUGAGAAUAUUAGAUAUAAACUUAUGAAUCGUGUAGAAACUACAAUUACUCUCUAUCUAACAGAAUGGAGACGCAUAACGACCAGAUUUUAGACUCACCCUCAAAAAACAGUUACAUUGGGAGUUAUUACCAGCCACCAGAUAGGAUAUUACCUAUACCAAGACAGCUGGAAUUCCCUACACAUUCCUCCAUCAGCAUGGACCCACAGAUGAGCAGUCCUCAGACCAAAGCUAAUAUUGACAGCAGAGCUGUUGUUGAUGCACUGAAGACCCUCCAGCAGAAAAUUAGGCAGUUGGAGCUGGAAAGAAAGCAAGCAGAGAAGAGGCAUAGGCAGUUCUCUCAAGAUGCUCAGAAUCAUCAACAGGUCACAGCAUUUUGCACAGUGCCCAGUCAACCAGCAGCCAGCUUGCCUGAGAUGGAUAACUCUGGCAACAAAGAGAUGGACUCAAAGCUGCAGUCUGCAGAGGCUCGAUGCAAAGUUCUUGAGAAGCAGCUGGACUACAUGAGGAAGAUGGUUGAAAAUGCUAAGAGGGAGAGGAACACUCUCAUGGAGAAUCAGGCUUCACUGCAGAACCAGCAGCCAAGCAGCUCAAACACCCUAUCCCAGCGAGAGAAGCUGGAAAAACUUGAAUCAGAGUGUCUCAAAUUGACUAGGACCCAAACUCUGGCAGAGACGAAGCUUGCCAUCCUGGAGCAGAAACUACUGAAAGAAGAGCAUGAGCGUCAGCUUGUGCAGGAAAAAGCAGACAAGCUGCAGAAGGAGUUGGACAUCAACCUUCGCCUGUCUGUGCCGACUACUGAAGAGAUGAAGCCAAAGAAGAAAAUAAAAAAGACCACCAAGAAAACCUCCAGACAGAAUGAGCUGGCAUCACCGAGUGGCCCAAGGCACCAAAAAAUGCCCUUUGUUGCAGGAACAUCAACCAGCCCGAGCCACUCAGUCCAUGCCAACAUACAAUGUAUACUUCACAUGAUGAAGCACCAUCAGCCCCAGCUGUGUGAACGAGUGAGCACUCUACACAGGUCUGGUUGUGGAGCCAAGAAAAGCCUACAAAAAGACUUCUCUCCAUCUUCCACCACUUCUCACAAGCCUGAAAGGGAGCCCAAACAAGCAGAUCAGUCACUGGGCUCACUUUCUGACCUGCUCUUGGCUCUGCAGGACGAGCUGGGACAAAUGAGCUUUGAGCAUCAGGAGUUGGUCAGUCAGAUCGAUGCAACCCAACAUCACAAGCAGAGGCAGGAUCUGCAGAAAGAACUGGAGAGGUUGGUCGACAGGAUGGAGGAGAAGGGAGCUCAGAUCACGAAGCUCCGCAAACACCAGCAGGCGGUACAUAAGUUGACCCAGAGCCAACAAUGUGCUGAGGAACACACAGCAAAGAAGUUAAGUGGGAUCAAAAAUCCGGUUCCUUCUCCUGUUAAGGCGAAGCAGAAAGGAAAGAAAGGUGGGGCCAUUCUCAACAACCUGCAGCUUCUCAGAGAAACACAGAAGUUCAGAAACAGCCUAAAACAGGAUGACCUCUCCUGGGAAACAUGAACAUCUGAAAGACCUUUGUGCGUGCUGGCUUUGAUACUACAGCUGGCUGAACCACAGGACUUCUCUUGGUUGCUCGUAGCCUGUUUUCCCCUCUCAUCAGAUGGCCUCUGGUAUAUUUUUAGUAACAAAUCCAUAGAGGGAAUAAAGUGUUUUUGUGUUUUACAUGGGACUUGAUCAUGUAUUACUAAUCAAACUUAUUAAACAAUGGGUGAUCGACUUAAAUGAAAUCUUGAAUAAGCAGGGUCCUUCAUUGGGAGAGGAUGUGUUGUCUAUGAUCCAUGGCCUUAUAUCUUAUCUCAAAUGAAGCUGGAGUAAUCCAUUUUAAUUAAACAUUUUAAUAAAGCUUAUUCUAUCUACAUAUUGUGAACAGAUUUUUGUUCACAUUUUACUUCUGUCAACACAGUGUUUUUCUCUAUUCUGCAGCGUUGUUUGGACUAUAAACCACUAGGUGGCAGUGCUCAGCCUA